CUGCUGCUGCUGUUUAUUAUUCCUUCCUCUGUCACAAUGGCUGUCAGCCUGUGUGUUUUUGUGUCUCCUUCGGGCAAUAUAAAGUUGAAUAGGUGUACUUUGGACAAACUUGGUUGCUUUGUGUUGCUAUGAUCUGAGUCCUUUGGUCUAAUGCCGUACUAAUUUAGAGUGUGUUCCAUCUCUCAGCUAGAUGGGGCCAUAUCAGAAAAAUACACAAGACAUUAACAACAACAACAAAAACAACUCAAUGGUAAACUCCAGUAGUAACAACAACAACAACAACAACAACAAUAGCAGCAGCAGCAGCAACAGUAGCAGCAGCAAUAGCAGCCAACAACAGCAGCAACAACAACAACCACAGCCCCAACCACCGCUGCCGCCGCCACCACCGGUCAGCUGCCCCUCCUCUAACCAGACAACCGAUGGGUCUGGGGGCUCGCAGCGGACGACUCGGAAAUCUCAGGAAAACAAAGCCGAGAAUGGGCAUCCGGUUACCAGCGGAGAGGACAGCGAUGAGGCUGAGGAAAUUACCUUUAUCAUACAGCCGACCAAGAAGAAUGGGAAAACCAAAACUGGGACCAUUUUACGACGGGGGGACGAAGUGAUUUCUUUUACGUUUGAGGAUGUAAUCUACAAAGCCGGAGAUUGUGUCUACGUGGACAGUUGCCGUGCUGACCAGCCACAUUAUAUAUGUACCAUUCAGAAUUUUAGGAUUACCAAACGCGAUACUCUGGUGGUGAAUGUGAAAUGGUAUUAUCGUCCAUCUGAAGUACCCUACAACGUUUAUCAAUACCUUGUGCAAGAUCGACACACAGAAACCAAAUCUGGCAUUGACCUUGCUAUCAAGGAUCCUUUGAUCAGUUCCCGGGAAUUAUUCAUCUCUGAUGUAUGUGACACCUACCAGGUAGCAACAUUAAGAGGCAGAUGUAAGGUUCAACAUUUCAAAGAUAUUGUGUCUGCCCGAGAAUUUAAACCUGUCCAGGAUUCUUUCUUUUAUAUCUUGGGCUAUAAUCCUGAAAGCAAAAGGCUGGCGACAACGCAGGGAGAAAUUCGGGUUGGCACGAGCCACCAGGCUCGGCUUCCUGAAUACAAACGUGAUGUGUCUCCGUCAGACAUGCCAGAGAAAAGCGAACACAUGGAAGAGCUACGUUGGCGGCCGCUGUGUGUUAUUGAUGGAGAACUUAUGAUGUACCUCAGUGCAGCCAGGCUUCAUCUCUGCCAUUAUGACACAGGGAAGGCAUUGCAAGCUCUUGUCAAGUGUCCUGUACCUCGUGGUAUUGAGAAAAAAUGGACUGAUGAUGAAACGAAGCGCUUCAUCAAGGGUUUACGUCAGUAUGGGAAAAAUUUCUUCAAAAUUCGUAAAGAAUUACUCCCACACAGAGAAACGGGUGAACUGGUUGAAUACUACUAUUUCUGGAAGAAGACUCCAGCUGGCAUUACGGCCCGGCCCCAUCGACGACAUCGUCGGCAGAGUGGUUUGAAAAGACAGACAACACGAUCUCAGAGACCGCCAUCCAGUGAAUUCUAUCUCAGUUCUGCUAGUGAAAUAUCUGAUAAUGACUCAGAUGACAGCGAAGGGCGCGACUUGAGUGGCUACUCAUGUAGACGCUGCUUUACUACUACGUCCAAGGACUGGCACCAUGCAGGCAAGGAUAAAGCACUCCUGUGCACUGACUGCCGUUUGUUUUUCAAAAAGUAUGGUGAAGAUAGACCUGUAGUGGAUAGUCCGCCUGAUCCUCCGCCAUUUCUUUUCAAGCCAGUCCAAGAGGACGAAACUAUUAACGGCAAACACAAUAUGCGCACUAGGCGCAGCCGAGAAUCUGCUGGUAAAAGCAAGAAAAAGGACCGCCACAGUACUAGUAGCCCAGAUAAUAUUGAUAGUCCUCUCAACAGUUCAUCGAGUUCACAGAAGAUAACUGGUCGCAAAUCUCCCAGCACAGUCAGUACCUGUAGUAACAGUAGCACUGACCGUGACAAAAAGACGACAACAGCAACUACAAGACUUAGGAAGGGCACAUCAGAGAGUCCUGUUAAAAGUCGCAAAAGACAGCAUCAUUUGGAAACUGACAAAUUUUCCAAGAAAAAGAAGCCUCAGGGUCCUUCAGAUUCCGAAUCGGUUUCUGACAGCAGUAGCAUCUCUGGAAAUGAAGAGAAUGGAAAUGAAGGUGAUAUUGAAAAUAACCAGGAUGAUUUGAGUUCAAAUUCACCACCAAGUACACCAAGCCCUGCAGAUAACUUGGUGUGCAAACCUCAGUUGUCUUCUCAGCUACCUGCAACCAUUUCCCCUUCAUCUACUGCAACCCCAAGGGGAGAGACUCGUCCCCCAUCAGUGCCUACUGAGUGCCCAGUUCCUCAACCACAGACAGCGGCACCUCCUCCCUCAUCUCUGCCACAACAGACACCGUCACCGCCACCACCACCACCUCCUCCGCCACCUCCACAACAACAACAACAGCAG